AUGUACCCCGCUGACGUAGCCAUUAAGAACCUGCCACCUGGCACUCUCGCCAACGGGGCGGCGGUGGGAGCCUAUCACAUGAGCGGCUAUGGCCUGUCUGACGUGGCGCUGGCGUCAUCGUUCGAGCUCACCAACACGACGACCACCACAGCAAAUGGCCGAAAAACAAUCACGUUCGAGCACUUCCUGUCAGUGGGAGCAGUUUCCAUCAGCAGCAGCGGUCCCCACCAGCGUGCUCUGGCCCUUCUCUAG